AUGGAAGCAGAAAGCAGUUCUCCACAACCAGCUCCUCCAACCUUUGAUGGUGAAAAUUAUCAGAUUUGGGCAGUGAAGAUGGAGAUGUAUUUGGAGGCUUUGGAUCUUUGGGAAGCCGUGGAAGAGGAUUAUGAAGUUCCUCCGCUGCCAAACAAUCCCACCAUGGCUCAGAUCAAGCUUCAUAAAGAAAGGAAUGUCAGAAAGUCUAAAGCUAAAGCUUGUCUCUUUGCUGCUGUUUCAACAACUAUCUUUACAAGGAUUAUGUCCCUCAAAACUGCCAAAGAAGUGUGGGACUAUUUGAAGGAAGAAUAUGCAGGAGAUGAAAGGAUAAGAGGCAUGAAGGUGUUGAAUUUAUUAAGGGAAUUUGAGUUGCAAAGGAUGAAAGAGUCUGAGACAAUCAAAGAGUACUCAGACAGGUUGCUGGGCAUCGCAAACAAGGUGAGGUUACUUGGUACUGAACUUUCUGAUUCUAGAAUUGUUCAAAAAAUACUUGUAACAGUGCCAGAAAGGUACGAGGCUUCCUUAACCACCUUGGAGAAUACCAAGGAUAUGUCUAAGAUUCCCUUGGCGGAAUAUUAA